GUUACCAUAGAGUCUGCAGCUUCCGGUGUAUACAAUAGUGUCCGUCUGUCUGUCCACAGUCAUAAAUCACAGGCUGUGGAGGACCGUCCGCCGUGUAUGGCGAUUAUCCGUCACAGGCAUCCAUAGCGGUCGUACACGGCGGGGGGUGGCUGCCAGAUUUUGUUUUUGGAGAACUUCAUGAAGUGGAGGAAAGUAGAGAACAUCAUAAAGAAGAAGAUAUAGAGCAUCCAUGAUGUUGAAGCCUUCUUAAGAAUCCCAAGACCGCUUUCUUUGCAUCUCCUAUGUUUAGCCUAAUGGCGAAUUGCUGUAGGAAUUGGUUUAAACGAUGGCGUCAGCCAGUCAGAAAAGUGACUCUGGUUAUGGUGGGUUUGGAUAAUGCUGGCAAGACUGCUACUGUGAAAGGCAUCCAAGGAGAAUCUCCACAAGAUGUGGCCCCGACUGUCGGGUUCUCCAAAGCAGACAUUCGACAGGGGAGAUUUGACAUCACAAUGUUUGAUCUCGGAGGUGGCAAGCAAAUCCGUGGCAUUUGGAAGAACUAUUACGCUGAGUCCUAUGGAGUGGUGUUUGUUAUUGACUCCAGUGACGUCGACCGGAUGGAAGAAACAAAGGAGACGGUGGCCGAGGUUCUGAGGCACCCAAGGAUAGCAGGAAAGCCAGUAUUAGUCUUGGCAAAUAAACAGGAUCGGGAGGGCGCAAUGGCAGAGGCUGAUGUCAUAGAGUUUCUUUCACUGGAGAAGUUGGUGAAUGACAACAAGUGCUUAUGUCAGAUCGAGCCAUGUUCAGCAGUUCUAGGCUAUGGGAAAAAAAUUGACUCCCAUAUAAGAAAAGGUCUGAACUGGUUGCUAGAAGUCAUAGCGAAAGAUUUCGAAGCACUUCAUGAACGUGUUCAGAAGGAUACUGCAGAACAGAGAGCCCAGGAGGAACAAGAUAAGCAGAAAAUAGCAGAGCGGGUCAAGAGGCUACGCGAGGAACGAGAAGAAAGGGAACGGGAGGAAGCCGAGCGGGAGGGGAGACAACUGGUGGAUGAAGACACCUCUGUUCCUGUGGUCAAUCCAUUCCAGCCUAUAUCCGCUGUUAUCACCGAGAACGAAGAAAAAAUAAGGAAGGAAAAGGAAAAAAAGCGUCAAAAAAUGGUGAACGGACAGAACGGAGUAGACAUUGCUUUGGAGCCUAAGGCAGAUGAAGAGAUGGAUUCUGGAAGUGAAGGGAGUGAGAGUGGCCAGGCAUCUCAGGAUGGACAUUUAUUAGACUCCUACAAAGAUGCUUUAGCCCAGAAACUGGAGCAGGACGAUGCAAGUGGAGAUCCUUCUGAGCGCAGGGAAUCGGCUCAAAGCAAAAAGAAGACUAAAAAGCUAAAAAUGAAAAGAAAUAAAAUAGAGCCUUUAAGUGCAGAGGAGUCUGAUUUAAAGAGCCCAGCUACGCCGCCACCUCAGUUACCCGUUGGCUGGGGAACCCCAAAAGUUACUAGACUUCCAAAACUUGAGCCUCUUGGAGAAACACAUCAUAGUGAACUAAAAGGCAAAUACUGAUGGAUUGGAGUCUCGUCCGGCAGAACGUUGGCUCAUUCUGGAUUAUUGGAGUGGCCAUGGUGGAUCUCCAGUAAAGAAGAUGGUAACAUGGCACUGCUGAUAGAACAUCGCGAGACACUUUCUGCAUCGUCUACCAGAACAUCAUAACUUUUUUUUAUCCAGUAUUACAUUUUAUUUUUUAUAUUCCUUUCUCCCACAUUUAAUAUUGGAAAUUUUACAGUUGUGUUUUUUUUUAUUUUUUAUUCAGUUUAAUUCUGAGAAGCACAAGUAUUUUAUUAUUGGUUAAAGGGGUUGUCCCACAAUGUACAUUUAUGUAUGUGGUCCUGCAGUGAGCAGAAAUGAUGGGGCUCAACCACUCAGACAGUCAGACAUUUAUCACCUGUACAUUGUGGGACAACCCCUUUUAAAGAGGGUCUGUCAUCACAUCUGUCGCACUGAGACGUGCACUUGACAGUUGAACAUCAUGGUCUUGGUCCCAUCUUCCUAGGUGUCUGCAUUCUU